UCUACUUUUCUAAAUGCUGCUGAGACACAAGUCCUUUAAUAUUUGUUAUAUUCUUAAGGUGAUAGGCUGAUUUUGUAAUUGUCUUAAUAUUGAUGUUUGAUUAAAUGUAGGUUCUUGCCUACACCAAGAUUUCUGGCCUGAUUUGAAAUGUUAGUAAUUUAAAAAGGGGUUGAGAAUUUGUUUGUCGUUACUUUCGAGAUAAAUGUACAUGUCAAACACCAGGGGUACAAAAAGAAAAAAACAUAAAAGACACUGUCAGCAUUUUAAUGGUGUACAACAGCUCAGCACACAUUCAUUACCUUUGAGUUGACUGCAGUAUUGCACAAUUUUGCAUACUGACUGAAUUAUCUCCAGGAAUAUCUACGGCACUUCUAUGGCUACAAGCCCAAGUCAGAGAGACAGAAGAGGACGACGGACACAGAUGGACCAGAUUGGACGACUGGACUCUGUGAUGAGGUCCAGAAGAUGCAACGCUUCUUUGGUUUGCCUCCAAGUGGAGAGCUGACCAAUGAGACUGUGGCAGUUAUGAAGAGGCCGCGGUGCGGUCUGUCUGACGUGGAGCCAUUUGGGGAGACAAUUCGCUGGAAGAAGAGCACCCUCAGCUACAGGAUCGCUGGCUAUAACCUCUCCAUCCCAACCUCAAAGGUUCACAAAAUCUUCAGGGCGGCGUGGAAGCUCUGGUCCAACGUUGCACCGAUGAAAUUUCGCAAGCGGAGGAGGAAAGAGGCUGAUAUUGCCAUCUCCUUCCACAAUGGCGACCAUGAAGACGGCUCACCAUUUGAUGGCACAGGUGGAAUCCUGGCUCAUGCUUUUGUGCCUGGGUUUGGUAUUGGUGGAGACGUGCACUUUGAUGCAGAUGAAGACUGGAGUUUUAAUUCUACUGGUUUCAACCUGUUUGCUGUAGCAGUCCAUGAAUUUGGACAUGCACUUGGCCUGCCCCACUCAUCUGAUCCCGGAGCUAUCAUGUACCCAGCUUACAACUUUGACCCCAAAGAUGAAGUACUGCUCUCCUUCCGCGAUGUAAAAGAUGUCCAACACCUGUAUGGUAUCAGUCCCAAUUUUGCUUCACUGUUUGCGAAAAGACCUCCUCCAAGAACACCUGACAAAUGUGAUCCAGAUUUGUCCUUUGAUGCUGUAACAGAAUUACAACAGGAGGUCCUGUUUUUCAAAGAUAGAUUUAUGUGGCGCAAACAUCCUCAGUUUGAUGAAACAGGAAUCACCCUGAUUAGCAGUCUGUGGCCAGACAGUGUACCUCACUACUUGGAUGCUGUCUAUGAGAAUGUGGAGGGGAAUCUUAAUGUGUUUUUCAAAGGUCAUCAAUACUGGGUGCUGAGGCAGUUAACACUUGAGGAGGGUUUUCCAAGAAACAUCUGGGACUUGGGCUUCCCCUCCAGAAUAAAAUCUGUUGAUGCCGCUCUUCACUUCAGAAAUGAGCGCUACACCGUGUUCUUCACUGGCCAUGAGUGUUGGAGGUACAAUGAGCAGCAGAAGAUGAUGGAGGGAUCACCAACACUUAUAGAACAGCAGUGGUCGGGGAUUCCAACUCCCAUAGAUGCAGCUGUCGUCUAUGAGGGACUUGUGCACUUCUUUAAAGGAAACAUCCACUACAAAUUUGACUUCAACUCCAAAUACGUGUCCUCGAGUCCUGCCAAUGACCUGCUGGAAUGCAGGGAGAACGACGACACUGAACAGACUCAGAUGAGAUAA